AUAAAAUAUCUGCACUCUGCAGAAACUGCGUGUGUUUGAUGGGGCAGUGGAAAUGCAUUAACUUCCUGUGUCCAGGCCGAUGUUCCAUUGAAGGCAGUUCAUUUGUUACGACAUUUGAUUCAAGACAGUAUCGAUUCCACUCAGUCUGCAUCUUUGUGCUGGUCAAAAGUCCAAUGAUACCUGGCAAUGGACACAUAGAGGCACAAUUUGAGAAAUCUGGUGUGAAGUCCACAGAAACCUCUUUAAGUGCCAUAAUUUACACCAGUGAUAAGAUAAAAAUUACCUUCCUGAAUCUGGGCAUGGUAUACGUGAAUUAUCAGAUCCAGAGUCUACCCUUCCUGAAAGAUCACCUUGAAGCAUGCCACCACAUUGAAAAAAAUCUCAACAUGACAUUGAGGAAGCAUGGACUGAAGAACAGCAGAGGAAACCUGGACAAGAUAGCUUAGUUUUAACUUGAUUUACCAGUUGCUGAAGACAUGAUAAUAACCGCUGUGGGUACAAUGAAGGCAGUUAGCAGAAUAGAAAUCAUGAUUAGCACUGUUAUUACCAUGUUUGGACAACAUUGCUAUUUGUGUUAUUCUAUCGCGGUUUAAUGCCUCCUUUAAACUAACACUUGGAUGGUUGGGUGUGUGGGUGCUAUGUGUCCGGGUGGAAGUGGUGAGUUUCAAUGUAGGCGAAUGUAAGGUCAU